CGGCCAGGGCCGGGCUCCCAGCCUCCUCGCUCUCCACCACUGCUCUCCUCCGGGCCAGGCCAGCCUGUGCUCCACGGGCAGGUGUCCCUCCUGGGCUGGGCGCCAGCUGUCUCGGUGGCCCUGGCUGGCAGGUGCACCUCUGCGUGUUCCUGGCAGGCGGAGGGCAGGGGUUGCGUGUCUCCCAGGCGUGCGUGCUGAGACAGGUGUGAGUCCUCUGGCCGGGUCCCGGCAGGUGUAUUUAUGGACUCAGGUCAUGCUGGCAGGGGGCGUGGCCUCGGCCUCGGGAUUGGCUGGCCUCCCGUCCUCUCCCUGGCGAGCUGGGAGCAGAGGGUGGGGUGGAGCGGGGUCAGUGAGGCCUCCACAGCCUGGGCAGGUCUGGGGCCUCCCAGCCCCCGACUCUGCACCUCAGCCCAGGUCCUCGCACCCUGUGAGCUCACUGAUGUCCCCUCCACAGCCCUCGCUCCUGCCCGCCCACCUCAUGUACAGGACCCGCUGACAUGUGUGUCCAUACAUGUCACCCCAUGUCACACGCAUGGCUCUCCAGACCUGGGAUUCUGCUGCCUCUGGCCCCGCCCCACAGCUUCUGGGUCCAGGGACUGGGUGAGAGGUCAGGGCUGGGAGCACCCCCAAGGAGCAGGGUCAAAGGAAAGGAUGCCUCAGGGACCAGGAGGGUCACAGGACUCGUUUGGGGUGACUGCUGGGGGCACCCUGGGUCACACGCGAGGGACCCUGGAGCCCAAGGAAGCCCUCGACCCCUCGGGGGGCUGGAAAUCUUCCCGGGGGUGGGAGCGGUUUCAGCCGGUCAGGGUGGGUCCUGCAGACCUAGGGGCCGGUGGAGGCCUAGGGCCGGGUUUACCCUAUGGCACAGACUGCACCCCUCACCCACCUAGUGCCUGGACGUCCCCACACCUGACACCGCCCCCCAGCCCUGCAGUCAUGGCAGGUGGCCCCUCCCCUCUGAACGGUGCACACCUGGGCGGACUCAGGGCGUGGGCCCCGCUGCUGACACGUGACCCGACCUUGCCCCUGGUGGGGGUGCUGUGCAUAGGGGGCUCGUGGGGUGUCCUUCCUGGCGGAUGGCCUGCCUCAACCCCGCCCAGCAGGUGGCCUGGGACCCCCGAGACUGCCCAGCUCCAAGCACUAGAGCUGAGACCACAGGGGUCAGAGGUCAGCAUGAGGACCACCAGCCCGAAGAGGUGGGUGCACAGAGUGGGCUGCCUGGGCAGGGACCCCAGGAGGGGCAGCCACGGGGCAGGGGAGAUGGGUGCUGAGGCCCCAUAGGGAGGCUGAGGGUAGGUGACUGUGGAACCGGGGGUGGGGGGAGGGGCAGCACCUGUCUCUGGAGAAGGGAGACCUGGCCUUCGAGAGCGACCAGGGC